AUGUCCGGGGGCUUUGAGCUGCAGCCGCGGGACGGCGGCCCCCGGGUGGCCCUGGCGCCCGGGGAGACGGUGAUCGGCCGCGGGCCGCUGCUGGGAAUUACAGACAAAAGAGUGUCCAGAAGACAUGCGAUUCUUGAGGUGGUGGGUGGUCAGCUUCGAAUCAAACCGAUACACACAAGUCCAUGUUUUUAUCAGUCUUCUGAGAAAAGUCAGUUCUUACCAUUGAAGACAAAUCUAUGGCACUGGUUGAACCCUGGAGAUAGUUUUUCUUUGUUUGUUGACAAAUACAUUUUCCGUGUUUUCUCUACGUAUUCUGAAACAGAAUUGGAAUGUACUUUAAGAAAUAGUCAAAUGCUUGAUGAAGAUGAUAUAGUGAAUGAAACACCAGAAUUAUCCUUGGUUAAUUUGCCUGAUGAGACAACUGGUGCCCCACAGCUGGAAGGAAGCACAGAAUUAGCGACAACCCAGACUUCUUCCACAAAUAGUGUGUCUUCCGCAGGUGAAAGUUCAGACAUCAGUAAGCAGCAGUCCAACCCUGCCCAGAGGAAGAGAAUCCUUCCAGCGUGGAUGUUAACAGAUCUGGGUGACCAAAACCUCCCAGCACCAGUUGUUACCAGUGGAGAUAAUGUAAACUGGAAAAGUGGAAGAGAAGGUGUCUGCAAAAACAAAACCCAAGAAAACAUAACACAGCAAGGAAGAAAGAGAUUGAUUUUACCAGGAAGCUCAGAAAGUACAUCAGCAGAGCAAGACUCAGGAAAAAAAUGCAGAAAUGCUGAUCAGGAAGAGUCUGUCAUUUCAUCCAAGGAAAUGCCACAAUCAGUUUCUGCAAUCAUAUUAAGUAACACAGAUGUGAAUAAUAAGAAGACUAAUGUACUGAGAAAUGAAAUCCCAACAGAGGAAGUUGGUAAGGUUUCUGAAGAUGAAAUCAUCACCAAAGGAACACGAAAUAAAGAAGAGACAGUGAUCUAUUCUGAGAGUUGUUCGAGUGCCCAAGGCAAAUCUUCCCAUGGGGAGUCUCAAGGAUCUUGUCCUGGGCCUAGCUCUGAUCCCUCCAACCCUGCAACUCUGCAUGCAAAAGCAGCCGAUCCAGUUCUACAAGGUUCUGAAGAAAACGAGGUCAAGAGAACAUCCUGCAUGUAUGGAGCAAACUGCUACAGGAAGAAUCCUGUCCAUUUCCAACAUUUCAGCCACCCUGGUGAUAGUGAUUAUGGUGGUGUACAAGUCAUGUGUCAAGAUCUAGCUGAUGACCGGCCUGAAUGCCCUUUUGGAGAAUCUUGUUAUAGGAAGAAUCCUCAGCACAAGGUAGAAUAUAAACAUAGUACACUUUCAAUCCGAAACAAUGUGGAUGACGAUGAAGGGCAACCCAAUGAGUACGACCUGAAUGACAGCUUUAUAGAUGAUGAAGAGGAAGAGUAUGAGCCCACAGAUGAAGAUUCUGACUGGGAACCUGGAAAGGAGGAUGAAGAGAAGGAAGAUAUGGAAGAGCUUUUGAAAGAAGCAAAAAAAUUUAUGAAAAGAAAAAAGUAA